AAGAUUAUAUUAAUAGACACAUAUUUCAUAUGUUGUGUAAAAUUGCAAAAGUCUUGUUGCCAAACAAUCUCAAUUCUCACUUGAAUUUGUACUAAUCUUUUUAUUUUUAGUACAUUAGUAUAAUUUCUGUCUUCAUGUUUCAAAUAUUUUUCUGAAGAAAAUAGUUAAGCUGUUGUUGGAUUGGUGUUGGAUAUCAUAAAGAAGUUAAAUUAUAUGAACCUUGUCUGUACUCAUCUGAUUUAUCAUGGUGCUGAAAGAAGUGUCACAUCUGCGUAGUUUACAAAAUGGAGGAGUUGGAAGUUAGGAUAAUGAUGCCAUGACGUUGGGGGUUUUGGGUGGGGAAAGGGAUGGGAGUUAGGGUGGUUUCGGGUUGGGAAAUUCAAGUUUUGGGCGGUUUCGUUGGUGGGGCUGGGGCGAGGGGUCUAUUGCGCUCAUGUGGCUCUGGAAGGAGGGUGGUUUCGGUGGUGGUGCAGGGGGAGGGGGUGGCUGUCGGGGAUGGGUUGGGGAAUGGCUGUCAGGCUGGGUGGGGAAUUGUUUAAUUAAUUUUUUUGAUUUUAGGGUUUUUGAAUUUUAAUUGAUAAUUGAAUUUAUUUUAGAUUUUGGGGUUUCAUUGUUGUAUUAUCGAAGUUAAUAUGUUGGAUUUUAGGGAUUUUUGGGUCAAAUACCUAGCGACAAACUCCUAUGUUCCUUCACUAAAACGCAGUCAAGAGAUAGAGUGCAGUGUGUGCUUAGAACGUGUGCUCGCUAAGACAACAGCCUCUGAACGGAAGUUUGGUUUGCUAUCAGAAUGUGACCACCCAUUUUCUAUAACUUGCAUCAGAUUUUGGCGUAACAGCUCACCAACCUCUGGAAUGGAUGUUAAUUCCACAUUGAGGGCUUGUCCUAUAUGUCGUAACGGCUACAGUGGAAUCACAGAAAUUGCAGCCUCUUUCUUCUUAUACUGCAUAAGUUAUAUUAUCAAAUUUAUGUGGCUCGAGCUAGCAAAAAUACCCUUGACUUUUCUGUCUUUUAUGAACAGCUAUGAGGGUUUGAAGCCACCCAGCUCUCCAAGCCCAUCUCCUCCUGGUAACUCUAGUGAAGAAUCUUUGGAGACUUCAACACCUGUGGAUGGUGUACCACAGUUCAUUAAUGGAAAUGGAUCCUUGGCAGAAGAUGUUCAAGAGGAAUUGAUUUUUUACCACUCACCAUUCCCUGUAUAUGAAGACUUGAAGCCCCCUACUUCGCCAACCCCAACAACUCCUAAUUCAUUGGCCACUUCCAUGGCCUCGGAUGGUGCUGAAUCUCAGACAGCUAGCUUGUCAAAUAAUGGUCCAGUUGAAUCUAUUGAAGCAUAAGAUGCAGGGAAUGAGCAGACUUCCGCACAGCCAAAGCCAAGACCACUUUCACCGUAUGCUAUGCUGUUCUGACUUCUGGUUUGUUCUGACUUUUGGGAUUCAUUGGUUUGUUCUGACUUCUGGGAUUCUAUCUCCUUUUUGCUCUCUUGUGAGCAACUGUACAUCGACAUCUCAAGUUCUGAAUUUAAUUCAUAUUAUGAGGCAGAAGUUCAGUGACAUCUUAACUGUGUACAUCGGAUAUUAUAGCUUUGGAAAGUUUUUCUUCAUGUCUGAUGUAGAUGAGUAAAGGUCGCUGCACUCGACUAAUGUUAUGAUCGGAAUGCUUCUAAUGCCAGCUUAGUCUGCCUGAGAGCCUUUUGCAUGUCCAUGUUGUUUGUGCUUAUGUAACAUUGUAUGUUAUUUAUUUUUUGACGAAAAUUGUAAUAUUAC